CACUCGGCCCGUUUGGAAGGCGGCAUCUGCUGGAAGUUAGUCCGUCAUUUUUCAGCUUUGAAGAAGUUCGUCUUUUCCGGAGUCGUUUAAAUCUCUUGCCGUAAAUGGUGAUCGUUAAAAUCCGGGCAAUCGGAAGCAGGAUAUUGAAGUUGGUUUUGAGUUGAUCUUUCGGUGGAUCCGUUCUCGGAGCUAAUAAAUCAAAACGAACUAUGGUGCCCCUAACGAAUGGCUGCUGGGGAGAGAAAAGUGAUGAUAAUUUGAGGUGUGUGAAUUCGGCAGAACUUGCUCGAGUCGGCAUGGAUCACUACACGGCAACGAUCGUUGGGCUGGAUCGGGCUGGUCUUGGCGAAGAUGGAGGCGCCUACGGAACAGCAAUAAUCGAAGGCUAUUUACCAAAUUAUUCAACCGACACUUCCCUGUAUCGAAGCAGCUUCAGCUCAUCCGGAGACACGAGUCCAUCGUUCACCAUUCAUCAUGAUGGAAGUGUCAAUUACGGCCUCACUCCAUUCACGGAAAUGAUGAUCGACGGUGAGUGUUUUGUUCCGGUCCAAACGCAUGAUUUUCUGGAUCAACGGCUGCUACUUGGCUCGGCACCUGAUCUGGACAACAUUGAAAAUCUGCAAAACCAGCAAACCGCCCCCUUUCUCCAUCAAAAUCCCCCUCCCAAAUUAACUCCCUUAAGUCUCAACCGAGGAGCGGUAAAACCAAGGCGCAAAACUACCCAGAAAAAAUCUUCUCCCAAAUCAGAUCCUUCCGCCAAGAGAAAAAAUCCACUUACUGUAACCAGUUCCAAUAACCCACCGCCAAGUCCAACGGUUCUGAAGAAACGGCGCCUGGCAGCAAACGCAAGGGAACGCAAGCGCAUGAACAGCCUUAAUGUGGCCUUCGAUCGGUUGCGGGAAAUUGUCCCCACCCUGGGCCCGGACCACAAAUUGUCCAAAUAUGAAACGCUCCAGAUGGCCCAAACCUAUAUAAACGCUUUGGCCGAUCUGCUAGAGCGAGGAGCUGAUGAGUCAACGUACAGUUUGUUUGAUUCAAACGACGACGGAAGUUCUGCAAGUGAUAGCAACAACAACAACCAACGGGAAAUGCAAGCCGAUCUGUAUGGGACUGACUUUAUGUGAAAUUAUAGGUUAUGUUAUUAGGAUUAAGAACCCACCAGUGCACAAAAAAGAUUUAGCAACAAAU